AUGCAUGAUCCUUUUUUGCGCCUGACUGGCCCGUCUCGUGCAAUUGUGAGUCGGGAACCUCUUAAUGUGGAAAUCGAGCUGAAAGUGAAGGGCGCAACCAAGUCUGAAGAUAAACCAUUGAUGAGUUUUUUCUAUUAUUACAGCGGUAGUCAUUGUGGGAUAUGUACUCUAUAUAUCCCUCUCGAAGGAGACUUUUGCACAAUGGCGUUAAGCUCAGAGGAAGUUUAUGAAUCAGUACAGGCAACUGCCGUGGGUAUCCGUGUCUGUGUUCCUGAAGAGACGCCAAGUAUUUUUAAAAAUGGCGGCCGAGUUGUUUGCUCCUCUCUGCCUCGGAGAAGAGCCAAAUUGCCUAAUCCUGAACACAGGACCGGCCCCUCGUUUUGGCAAGUUGUGCUUCAAGAUGGAGCAAUGACAAGUUGUUCACAGGGUUACCUUGAUCUGUCAAGGCAUGUUGUCUCUGUAAAAUUGUGUGGAACGCUUGAAGUUCUCAUAGAGGCCAACUCGCGAUCUGGGGCUAUGGCUGCUCAGGUAUCCAUCCAGGCCAGAGAUUGCAAUAUAACUCAGAAUGAGUGUCAACUUGGCGACUCUAAGCUGGAGAUCACUGUUGCUUGGUCCCGUCUUGUUUGGGACAAGCUGUGGAUCACGAGGGGGGCAAAUGAGGAACUUUGAUGAUGCCCAGGCAGACAUGAUAGCCGUCAGACUAACUCAUU